GAUCACACCGCCACUGCAUGACAUCGCUAUAUCCCGAGGGCAUCCCCGGAGCCCCCUGAUAGAAAGAGUGAAGGAACACAGAGCCAACGCAUGCAGUGCCACGAAAAACACGCCCGCUGGUGAACAGCACGCUUGGCCGCGCCAUCCUUGUAACCUCCGUCAUCCCGCUGGACUAUUGAUUGUAUGCCUUCGGCGCGACCCACGUCCGCGCGACGGCCAUAACAUCAUCUACUUCUAUAGCACAUUCGACGUUUCCGUCGUAUAUUCCAAACUCAGUUGUACCUGUCACUCCAUCAUACCACUCACCAAACCCAACCCAAUUGCAGCGCACGCUGCGCCAGGCAGCAUCAUGGCGACCCAAAUACCCAUGAUUUCAGUGCCGCUGAAGCAGACCAACGAGAUCGACUGGAUCCAGCCAUUGAAGGGCUACAUUCGGCAGACCUACGGCGAUGACCCCGAACGCUACGCCGAGGAAUGCGCGACUCUCAAUCGAUUACGGCAGGACAUGCGGGGCGCAGGGAAGGACAGCGCAGCCGGGAGAGAUCUGCUCUACAGAUACUACGGCCAGCUGGAGUUGCUAGAUCUCAGAUUUCCGGUCGACGAGAACCACAUCAAGAUCAGCUUCACGUGGUUCGACGCAUUCACGCACAAACCCACCUCCCAGUACUCCCUCGCCUACGAAAAAGCAAGCAUCAUCUUCAACAUCUCCGCCGUCCUAUCCUGCCACGCCGCGCACCAGAACCGCCACGAAGAAGUCGGGCUCAAGACGGCGUACCACUCGUUUCAGGCCUCGGCCGGCAUGUUUACUUACAUCAACGAGAACUUUCUGCACGCGCCCAGUCAGGAUCUGGGCAGAGAGACGGUCAAGUGCCUGAUCAGCAUCAUGCUGGCUCAGGCGCAGGAAGUGUUCCUCGAGAAGCAGAUUGUGGAUGGGAAGAAGGUGGGCUUGUUGGCCAAGUUGGCGAGUCAGGCGGCGUUCUUGUAUACGCAGGCUACGGAGGGUGCGCAGGAGAACGUUACGAACGCGGUGUUUGAGAAGGUGUGGUUGUUGGUUUGUCAGAUCAAGGCAAACCACAUGGCCUCGGUAGCGCAAUACUACCAAGCGCUGGCCGACGACGACGCCAACUCGCACGGCGUAGCCAUCUGCAGAUUACAAGUGGCGGAGACGAGCGCGCGAGAUGGCAGCCGCCAGGCAAACAGCUUCCCCAACUCGGCGCCCGCGAACUCGAACUUGACAUCUGAAACACAUGCUAUACUGGCUGAGAUGACAAAGAAGCAUCUCUCGAAUGUACAAGAGAAGCUAGCAGAGUUCAUGAAGGACAAUGACUUCAUCUACCAUCAAGGUAUCCCGAACGAGGCUUCGUUGACAGCGAUCCCGAAGUUGCCUGCGGCGAAGGCGAUACCUGUGAGCGAGCUCUAUCAGGGCCAAGAUAUACAGAGGAUUAUUGGUCCCGAUAUCUUCCAAAAGAUUGUACCCCUGGCAGUCACAGAAUCUGCAAGUCUGUACGAUGAGGAGAAGGCGAAGUUGAUUCGUGCCGAGAGUGAAAGAGUCGAGGUCGCAAACGAUGAGAUGGCAGCGAGUCUCGACUACCUGAAGCUUCCGGACAGCUUGAAUGUGCUGCGCGGAGGUAUGGACCAGGAUAUGAUGGUCGACUCGGACUUUCGAAAGUGGUGCGAGGAUCUCGCUGGUCACCAAUCAUUUUCUUCGGCUUUCGACCAGCUGAACCGCGAUAAGUCGGAGAUCACCGACCAGUUGGAUGCGAGCAUGAAACAGUUGGACAUGGAGGAGAGCGUUUGUGAGAAGAUGCGAAGCAAGUAUGGGGCAGAGUGGACACAGCAGCCCAGCUCCAGACUCACUGCGACACUGCGAAGCGAUAUCAGGAACUACCGUGGAGCGAUUGACGAGGCGAGUACGAGCGAUGCCCAGCUUUACAACACUUUCCGCCAGUGUGAGGCGGACUUCGAUGAGAUGCGUUCAGCUGGCGAAACGGACGAGGCCGAUGUGCUGUACCAAAGAGCUAUGAUCAAGGCCGGUGCUCAGAAAGGGAAGAGCCCUGGGCCGGCGCAGGGAAACCUCAUUGACGAUGACUAUGAUGACGGCCCGACUGUGGCGGAUCAGAUUGCGGCCGUUGAAGACCUGUUACGGAAGCUGAACUUGGUCAAGAAGGAGCGAGCCCAGAUAUUGCUGGAUCUCAAGGGCAAGGUUCAUUCUGACGAUAUUUCGAACGUUCUCAUUCUCAACAAGAAAGCUAUUGCGAACCAGGAGUCGCAACUCUUCAAAGCUGAACUCGAGAAGUUCCGACCGCACCAGAACCGCAUCCUGCAAGCCAACCACAAGCAAGCGUCGCUACUCAAGGAACUCACACGCACAUAUUCGGACCUACUGAAGGACAAGCGCGUAAGAUCUGAGCAGAGCAAGUACGAAGCCUUCUCGCGCCAGCGGAACACUGUCAUGACGAAAUACCGGAGGAUCAACCAGAGCUUCAACGAUCUCGUGGCCGGCCUCAACCGAGCACAACAGUUUUACUCGGAGAUGAAGGAGACAGUAUCAAGUCUGCAAAAGAAUGUCGAGACCUUUGUCAACAAUAGGAGGUCCGAAGGUGGCCAACUCCUCGCCCGCAUCGAGCAAAGCAAGUCCCAAGGCGCAGACCACGAACAGCAGCGCCUCAAGGACCUCAUGGAGCGCAUGUCCAUGGAACCCUCAGGUUCACCUGUCUCAGCCGGUAGCGGCGGACGUAAGAAGUCCGCACCACCUCCGCUGUCCUCCAUACCCGGUUAUCCCAGCACUUCAGCAGCAGGACACAUGGCAUACAACCCCGCAGCCUCGCCACCAGUAACGCCGCGCUACCCACCCACAACCCAACAACCCUUCAUGUCGCCCCAGCAAUCCUACGGCGGCGCAACAAGCAACUCAUUCCAACCCCCUCCUCCCCGCCGCGAGUCCUACCAACAAUACGGACAACCCCAACACCAGCAUCAAACGAGUCAACCUUACAACCCAGCCCAACACCAAUACAACCCCGUGUCCCCGCCAGCGCAUCAACAAUUCUUCUCCCCGCCCCCGGCGCAACAUCAACAGCAUCAGGCGUGGGGCCAGCCGCCCCAGCAGCAGCAGCAGCAGCAGCAGCAGCAGCAGCAGCAGCAGCAGCAGAAUCAGUGGGGUCAGAAUGUGCCUCAGGGUUAUGUCCCGCCUCCGCCGCCGCCGGGGCCGCCGCCGCAGCAGGAUUAUAGUCACUUCUCGCAGGGGAGUUAUCCGGGGGGUCCAGGGGGUUAUGCACAGAGUGGACGACCGGGGCAGGGGCAGCAGCAACAAGGACAGCAGGGGAAUGAUGUGUGGGCGGGGUUGAGUGGGUGGAAAUAGGUGCAGAUCUAAGGGGUGUGAGGAAGUAGAGCUAGAUGUGUAGGAUCGCAAGGUUUGUUGGCGAAGAAAGGUUGGGUUGAGCGGGUGUAGAUAGCGAGAGAAACAAUCGGAGAUGCACAUGCAACCCUGUUCUUCUUCGCGAUUGCUUUACAUCGGCUUGGCCCUUUCCUUUUCACGAGUCGGUCGGUUGUGAGGUAUGUACACG